UAAGGGGACGAGUGGCAAUGUCCCCUGGUGGCCAGGGCACUGAUGGGCAUGCAGUGGCACUGUGGCCUACGGCUGGGCGGGAAGCCUCGCACGGGGCUCAUGGAAAGUGUGCUCAGGGCCUGUCUCUGGCCAGACCCUGGCCAGGUGUCCUCUGCAGGCUUGGGGACACAGCGCUGCUGGCCGUGAGCAGCAUCGUCUCUUGCUUACACAUCCUUUCUGUCCUGCAUGCUAGGGUGCGGUGCCCCGUUUGGGGGAAUGUGGAUGCCCAGUCUAUUCAUAUUGGGAUUGCAUAGUAAUUGAAGUCCCACUGGGCUCUGCAUUCUGGGGUCAGCGUCCAGCCUGAGGAAGGACAUGGAACCAAAGUCACCCCAGCCCGACCUUUCUGAGUCAGGUGAGGCGUGGACCACGUGUGGAGUGACACACGUGUGUGUGCGCACAGCACGGGCUGGCUCCUCCCUGAUGGCCUUCCCAGCGCCGGAAGCUCACCCACCAUCCAGGGAGGAGCCAGCUGGCCCCUGCUCGGCUGUCCAGCCCUGGUCUGUCCCCUGCAGGCACCAGGCAUGAAGGAAGCUCACCAGCCUCAGAGCAGGUGCCGUUGGGAGAUCCCCCCAGCCGACAGGGCCGAAAACAGGGCGUCGUGCACGAAUGAGAAACGAGACAAUGGAGGAGGAAGAGUGGGGUCAGGGGACUGAAGCCUUUCCAAACCCAGAGUCCCGAGAGUAACUCCUCAUUCGUAUUUAUUCAUUCUAAGAACAAAAGUUCAUCCGAAAUCAUACAAGCAAACAGUGCUCUAUAGAUAUCCCACAGGCAAACAAGUACUAAAGGUUUCCAAAAAAGAUUACAAUAACAGGUGCAUGUCAUUCAGGUAAGCUUUAAGGAUCGCUGAUAAAGAUUAAGAUGUCCAGGUGCUCAUCAAAGCUACUGCUAGCCUAAAACAAAAUACAACCUAAAUCGUGGGGCUGCGGCCAGGCCAGUUUCGCAGCAGGUUGGAUGUUCCUAGUUGCAGUCCUGGAGCAGUUUCCACCCCAGGAGAGAACCUGCUUGCAGCUCCUCCUGCCCUUGGAAUGUCCUUGCCAUUUGCAAAAUAGCCACACCUAAGCAGACUGCCAUGUCCGCAGAGGUUUCUAUGCCAGCUAUCUCCCUAGGUCACCCCAACACUUCCAAGCUACCCCAACCAGCAAGGGGUGAGCCCAGUUGAGGAUGAAAGCUUUUCAAUUCUGCCGAUAGAGGAACCAAGAAAUGUUCCCUUUAAAAGGAGAAGUACGUCAUUGCCGUGGCCCCGACACAGGCACCCCCACCUCCGUCCUCAUUCGAGCAUCCAUUCUUUGGAAAUCCACAAACAUUCCAAGACUUGGCUUCUACUGAAUCAUCUCGAAUUCUUCGAAUUGCACUGGCCUACGGAAGGAUGCGAGGGAGGUGACAGGGGCGGGCCAAGACCCCUAAAGAGGAUAAAAAGGUCACCUCCACACUGGGCUCUCGGCCUGGCAUCCCCUGGGCAGAGACAACCUCUGGAGGCCUCCGGCACCAUGGCCCCCCUGAAGACACUGCUCCUGGCCGCCCUCCUCCUGGGGGCUUCCCUGCAGCAGAGCCACGCAGCCCGAGGGACCAACGUGGGCCGGGAGUGCUGCCUGGAGUACUUCCGGGGCGCCAUUCCCAUCAAGAAGCUGGUGGAUUGGUACAGGACCUCAGCGGAGUGCACCCGGGAGGCCGUCGUGCUGGUGACCGUCCAGGGCAGGUCCAUCUGUUCAGACCCCAGCAACGAGAGGGUGAGGAAGGCAGUCACACACCUGCAGAAGCUCAGGAGGUUGCGCAGCUCCGUCAUCCAGGAGUCCUGACUUUCUCCCGGACCAUGUGGAGACUUCCGGCGCCGGUUCCAGGGCGGAGAGGAGCCCCGAGAGAAGACCCGUCCCCUUUCCGAACUGGAGCCACGGCCACGAGACGGCCCAGAUUAAAGUCUUUCUGCCCAGUCUGGUCAGCGUGCUCUGUCCUCCGGGUGCAGGACGCACUUCCGCUCCGGCCUGUCA